ACCGAUGAUGUGUUUCUUUUGUUUGCGUGUGUGAGUGAUGUCUCCGCCAUUGGAACUCAUUUAAGCCGAGAACUGAAAUAGGUUGUACCUUUCAUAAAUCGGCAAAAAUCUUUACAAUCUUCUUUUCUUUACUUGUAAUAUUUAGUCAUAUUCCGUGCACAAACAUUCUAUCCGAUGGCAGACAGAGACACAGAUGAGUUAAACAUCGACAAUGUUAUAAAAAAAUUACUAAAAGUCCGCGGCGAGAAGCCUGGCAUGAAUGUACAGUUAACGGAAAUCGAGAUCAAAGGGCUAUGCUUAAAAUCGCGGGAAAUAUUCUUAUCACAGCCCAUAUUACUUGAGUUGGAAGCCCCUCUAAAAAUAUGCGGUGACAUCCACGGACAAUACUAUGACUUGCUCCGGCUCUUUGAGUAUGGAGGCUUCCCACCCGAGUCCAACUACCUGUUUCUCGGAGACUAUGUGGACCGUGGGAAGCAGUCGCUGGAGACCAUCUGCUUGUUGCUAGCGUACAAGAUCAAAUAUCCGGAGAACUUCUUCUUAUUACGGGGGAACCAUGAGUGUGCUAGCAUUAAUAGGAUUUAUGGAUUCUACGACGAGUGCAAACGGAGGUAUAACAUCAAGCUUUGGAAAACGUUUACAGACUGUUUCAACUGCUUACCUGUCGCAGCUAUAGUUGACGAGAAGAUCUUCUGUUGCCACGGCGGUCUCUCACCGGACCUGCAGGCCAUGGAGCAGAUCCGGCGGAUCAUGCGGCCCACCGACGUGCCCGACCAGGGGCUGCUGUGCGACCUGCUGUGGUCCGACCCCGACAAGGACACUACGGGCUGGGGCGAGAACGACCGUGGCGUCAGCUUCACGUUCGGCACCGAGGUGGUUGGCAAAUUCCUGUCGAAGCAUGAGUUCGACCUGAUCUGCCGCGCGCAUCAAGUGGUCGAGGAUGGUUACGAGUUCUUCGCCAAACGGCAACUUGUCACGCUGUUCUCCGCGCCCAACUACUGCGGCGAGUUCGACAACGCGGGCGCGCUGAUGUCGGUGGACGAGACGCUGAUGUGCUCGUUCCAGAUCCUGAAGCCGGCCGACAAGCGCAAGCUCUACUCCGGCCUCAACAUGGGCCGCCCCAACACCCCGCCGCGCGCGCAGCCCAAGAACAAGAAGAACUAACCGGCUGAGCCCGCAUGGACCCGCUCCCUCCGUGUACUCUAUUGGCAUCCUGCGACCCCCGACCUGCGCCACACAACCCGCCAGGGUCUACACUCUACCUAGGCAUUCACAAACAAAAUCAUCUACAUACCACCCUGUAUAUACAGGAUGACCGUCACCAUAUGCCAUCCUGUAUUAUACACGGUGGCUGACACCUUUAAGUUAUUUUAUUUGUCAAUGUCUACUACUUAGCUUCUUAGAUAUAACCUCGGAUGACGAUCCGAUAGUUUAUAAGCGUUAGGCCUAGCCUUAGAGCCUAAGUCUUUUCUAGCGGUGACUGUCUCGGCGUAGUUGAACCUCCUGCUGCGGUGUCAGCAUGGUUGCAUUUUUAUCACCUGUCACUAUGCCUGUCACUUUCACACUUAUCUUGUUAGAACGUGACAGGCGAUAAAAAUGCUACCGUGCUAAGCCCGCAGGACUCAUUCGUAUUUCGAACCUUUAACCGUCAAUAGAGUGCACCCUUUAUUGUAUUUUUUUCAUUAUGGACUAUCCAUUCUUUUUUUAAACGUUUUUAAAAAUGAAAUUUUAGCAAUCAAGUCUUAUUUUACAGUACUCGUAAUCUGUUGCGUUGUUCUUUAUUGUGAUCGUCUUAAAGUUCAUUAUUGCUCGCAUUGAUCAACAAUUACUGUCCGGCGUUUGGACAUGAGCAAUACGAGCUUGCAAAUCGUCAGUGUUGCCAUCCUUUCCGUAUUUAUUUGUCUUGUCUGUGGCGAUUUGUGUAACGACUCUUUCUUGAAGGCUCUCUUUUCAAAGAGAUUUUUUUACAAUAAAGUUAUACAGGCUGACAUGGGACACGUGAUCACGUAUUGAAAAGGAUUCGUUCGUUCGAAAGAAACUUAUUUGUUAAGUUUCUGUUGUAAGGGCUAAAAUGUUAAAAUGAUUUGUUCAUGUUUAACUAAAGUAAAAACUGGUCACGUCUCAAAUGUCACCCUGUAUAACAUAGCUAAGCCAGUGUCACGCGUAGUGAUACAUAUAUUAAAAAAGCAGUAAUGUACGGCCCGGGUUUCCUGCUUAAUUUUAAAUGUGGAAGAAUGUCUCGUGAAUACAAAAUAAAAUGUAAUUGUCUGUGCGUAUGACUGCGUAUGUAUGUAUUUAAUAUCCAACUGGUAAAUGUAAGUUAGUGCGAUCAACGUUGACACUGAUAUUCGUUAUUCAACUGACUGAAUACGUUAUCCCUUUGAACGCCAAAGACGUCAAAAGACGCGCGCGGCUUCAGCCCAAUAUCAACCUUAAUGCAUUCAGAUAAGGUUCUUUAUGAUGCGCCGCGCACGAUAGGCGUCAUAUUCAAAGGGACAAAAUUAAUUUUAAUGCUACGAUGGUAGCAAACAAGUACAAGGUUCUCCUGAUAGAAAGCUGUUACCGUAGCCUAUGAACUAGUAGAACGGGGAAUGUCACAUAACAUUAUUAUUUUGUUUAAUUUUUGAACGCAAACCUUUGUUCAUUUUUGUCUUUGUAAAAUAACAAAUGACACAACUAUUAUCAACGGCUUUUUAAAUUGGACAUACGUAUAUGAAUAACGUUUUUGAGUAUUACAACUAUCGAAUAAUAAAAAGUUCUAAAUGUACUUGUGGUCUGAAUGAGAGUGUCACGAUAUAACGCACUGUGGAAUGACGCCAUACUUGUGGUGAGAUGUGAAUUCCGCUUUUUGAUGAUAACUUUUUUAUGGUGUUGACAAAGAAUCGUAAACUUUGGGCGAGAUAGUCGUCAACGAAUAGCGUGACGUGUCAUUUUGUAUGGGAUUUUGAGUUUCCGAAACGUUCCGCUUGGCGCGCUGUUCAAAAUACGAUAUAAGAAUUGACAACCGCGACCGUACACACGACGAGAACUACAAAAUUCACUGCAUCGGACAACGGGGAGCAGCAGGUCAAAUGAAGGGCACUCGCAACUGAAUUGCCAAGCAAGUCUACAACAAUCUACAAAGGCCCAGUCUACCACCCUGCUCACCCUGUAUACAUGAAGAACGAUCGAGCUACGAGGCAAACAUCGAGUUUUAUCAAUUUCGGAGGACUACAAGGACUAUUUAAAAGGACAACACGGACUCACCGGGACCAGCCGGCCAGCAACGGAUUACCAGCACCGCAGCAUUGGUUCACCUAGAUAAAAAGUGAGACCUGUCCAUUUCUUUUCUUCUCUUCAAUUAUUACUUCGAUCUGACUAGAAUCGAGAACUUAGUUCUUUGCACUUGCUCUGGGCUGUCAAAUUUACUUUCACGCAAUUUUGCCACUUCAAUCACAUUAUUCUAGCAUCUUAGCUAUCCAUUUUAGCCAUUAUCACUUAUAUAAAUUCACUAUUUAUCGAACAUUUCUAGAAUUAAACACGCAAAGUUAAUUUAUACCGUUAUAGAUCAUAGCAAACGCUAAGCGCAUACAUAGCUAAUCUAUACGCGUACAAACGAUAAUUAAGAGAUUUCCUAUUGUAAAGUUCCAGUUGAUAAACAUAGGUUGGUUUGUUAAUGUCUAAAACUGUAAAUCACCCAAAUGUUCUUAUUUUAUUGGUUGUUUUUAUUGAUUACAAUGCCUGCUGUGAAGAAACCCAAAACACAAUUAAGUCGAAUAGAAGUACAGGGUUAGAUAAUACAAAUACAAAACAUAGCGCCAGAACUGAAACCAAAACGGAUAUAUUGCAGAACAAUAACGUGCGGACUCUAUCUUCGGAAGUACCUACAGUAAAGAAAAGUUCUGAGAAUUGUACUGACUCUGAUCACAAUAGCAAUAUACCAAUUGAUAAAGCUCAAGAAUCUACCGCGAUGAAUAUGAGUAAAGCAAAUGUUGAUAUGGAAAUAAACGAUAAUAAAAAUUUGAUUACAAUAUUUACAAUGCUAGAGAAUAAAUUUGAUGGAGCUGAGAAAACACAUAUAGAUAACGGUUUACUGUUAGUGAACAAAAUGGACAUGUCGAAUUCUGAUACUGUUCACACUGAUCACAACGAUCUUAUAGAUGCUCUUCAAGAUAAUAGUAAUUUAGGAAUAAAUGCGAUAAAAUCCUUUAUUGCCUCUAUGAACAAUAAUACCGAUGAAAAUAAUGUAAAACAUUCUGAAGUUGAGGCGUCUUCGACAGUAACGACGUAUUUGAAUACGCCUUACAAAACUGAGAUUAAACAAAUGGAGACAGUCAUGACUUCUGACCAUAAUACAACUGAAAUAUUGACGUGCAUUAAACCAGAUCCUGAUGUUACUUUAAUUGAUGAUUCAGACAGCGAUUCAGAAUCAGUAUUAAUAUUAGACACAGACUACGACAUUGAAGAAAUGAUUGAUACUAGCCGGUUAAAUGAAAGUAACCAGGACGCUAAUAGUGAAAAUAUAGUUAUGGUUGAACAAAGCAAACCUAACAAAACAGCACUGAAAUAUACUUCCAUCGAAAUUAAAACCAAUACGAAUGCUGAAAUUCAUUUGGAAAGUGAAAAAACUUUAAUCCAAGAUAAAAAAGAUGAAGUAAGAAUUAUAGAACCUUCUGUAGAAAACUAAAUCAAUUUUAAUAUUAAAUACAAAUGAAGAAGACUUACAGUCUGCUAAGGAAACUUGCCCAGUGAAAUCAGAUGAAGUAAUAAUUAUUGAACCUACGGGCGUAAAUUCAGAAUCAGUAUUAAUAUUAGACACAGACUACGAUAUUGAAGAAAUGAUUGAUACUAGCCGGUUAAAUGAAAGUAAUCAGGACGCUAAUAGUGAAUGUUCACGCGAAACGGAACGGUGAACACGAUUACCGGACGAGUAGAGCGACGUCACGGCCCAAGUGUCAAAAAUAGCUCCACAUCAUCGUAUAUCUGUCAUAUACCUACUCAUAUCUCUACAAGACCGAAUAACGAACUUUGCGUGUCAUACACAUUUUGUAUUUUUUAUAUAAUUUUAAUUAAAUAUCUUCAAGUCUAAAACGUGACUUCUUAUUGUUUGUCCCAUCGUGGACCACUAACCUGUAACCAAUAACCAGUACAAAUUAAACCGUAAACCGUAACGGACAGUUCAAUUGGUACUGGUUAAUGGUUAAUUGCAUUAACGUUUCGGCCAAAACUGUUCCCAAGUACGGAACAUUUUCAUGUCCAAUCACAAGUACGGCGUCGUUCCACAGUGUGACGUCACGAAUGCCAGUGUCAAUGUUGCCACGCGUCGGUCUGAUCUCUUAUACUAAUCGGAUUAGUGUCCCAACACAAUGGAGAUUAUUUAGUUAACUAAUGCCGCGGUUACACUCGUCCGUGCGCCGUAUGCAAUUAUAUACGAUUACGAAUGUCUGCGCGACAUCGGUUCACAUCAAGGACCUUUCUUAAAGUUGUUUCAGACGGGCGUACCGGACCGUGACCUUGGUCCGGUCAGCAUAUCUCUCGCUCUCACUUAUAGCUGCGUCCUUAACGGACGGACCACACGAUUGAACUGGCCUCGGGCCAAGGUCGCUGUCCGGUACACCAGUCUGUUACGACUUUUACGUUGAAUUUGUUUCUUGGAAGCGAUGGGAUUUGUGUAAACGCGUCAUUAUCCGAUAGUAACCGAGAUCAGUAUAUAAAAGAUCGAUGACAGAUAUGUAAUGAAUAAUGAUAAUAUUGGAAAUAAUUGAUAAAGUAUAAUAAGUAGUAAGCAUAAAUAAUGUAAACGACGCAUAGUUUGUUGAAGGCAGAACAAACCGUCCCCCGUAUAGUGGUCGGACUUAGCAACUGAUGUAGUGCUUUUAGCAAUAAAACUCUUAUACAACCUUAAGCUGUAUAAUUUCGUAAUAGCUGAUGUAUAUGUUUUUUUAGAUAAAACAUUAAGCCUCUUGUGACCAAAAGAUGUUAUUUACAUAAUUUGGUAUGGUACUUCUAAAAAGUGAUGCUUGCAUAAGGGCCCUUUCGUUGGUAAUGGUCAAAUGCAAAAAAUACCCAUUGUAGACAGUUAUUCGAAACAUGUCACGAUAGCCUUUAAGAUUCAUUGACGUUUACGAUAUUAACAUUUGAGGCAUGAUGUGAUAAUUUUAUUUAAAAAAACGUUUGUAUUAAGCAUCAUUUUCUGUGCUGCAAAUUAGUUUUAUCUCGUUGAAGAUAUGGUGUUUACAGUACCUAUAAGGUUGUAACCCUUUCACCGCCAUUUGCCAUUUAAGACAUCACUCACACACUUUGCCACAGUGAAAGUGCCCAUUUCUUGGUAAUGUGGCCGAAACUUGACUAUUUUAGGCAUCCUUGGCGUUGAAAGGGUUAACCUUAUCCACCGAUUAUCAAAGUUGUAUAAGACGCGCUACAAGCUACUGAAUGUCUUUUAUUUUAUGCGCUCAAUUCAGGGCUACCUGCGAUUUAUGUAUGAACAAGAACUGUAUAUUAAUUUCUUAAAUAAAACACUUUCCGAAUUAUAA